UCUGAAUGCCGAAGAAACGUGUCGCGUCGAUCUCAUUAUCAAUUAUUAUUAAUCUCACAAUUAAUAAACUUUUAAUUUAAUAUGGAUCCGCCUGAAAACUCGGUGAACCGCUUUGGUCGCACUAUUUGGACAGUUUGGGGUUAUCUAUCAGGGGCUGUUGCGAAAUAUCUCAGACCGGAAGUCACAGCUGAAGGAAACCAAAGUGUUUGUGCCACAACAGAAGACACUGCAUUAAAAAAUGCAGUUAAUAAGAUUGACAGAGAAGUAAAGAUAAAUAAGAGCGACAAUGAAAAUGACAGAGCAGAGGUCGAGUCCUCCUCGUGUCAGGUCAGAGCGGCUGCUUCUGUUCAGUGGGAAAACACUGGUGUGGUCAGCGACGACAAUAAUGAUAAACUCCAUGUUAGUAAGACAGAAAAACAGACUUACCACUGUGCAGCGUGGUCCACCGGGACAGAAACCGACAGAGAAGGACACGCGGCUCAGAAAGCUCCAUCCGAUGAAGUCCAGACUGAAGAAGAACAUGCAAACCGCGAGAACGAAGAGAGAGAAACCUCACAAGAGCUGGAGAUCACUGGAAAAACUGAACAGAAAGAUGAUUACAAUAAAGAAGAAUGUGAAGAGAAUCAUGAGGAUGAGAUGUGUGCAGAGAAGAGAGGAGACACAGAUAACAGAGACUUAAUCAGCCAGUCUGAACGAGAUGUAGAACAGGACAAACAGAUCAUCGUGAUGGACCGCAGAGAAACAGAAGACACUGGAGGACUGAAACAAGCUGAGGAACAUGUUUCUCUGUUUCAGUACCAAGACAUCGUCCAGAAGAAUCAGGAAAAACCUGAGGAUGAUGAAGAUCAAGUAACUGAAUCACAAGUACAGGGUUUACUGGAAUAUUUGGCAGAUGAAGCAAACAACAUUAAUGAACUCUCUAAGAGUGGUGUUGAAGAGGUGAUGCUUGGAUCUGAGCAGAAGACCACAGAAAGGGAACAUGACAUGAUUAAAUACAAACUAAAGGAGUCCCCAGAAACCCUGCAAAGAGAAUCUGAAUCACAUGCUCCAAAUGAUGAAGAAGAACUGAAAAUGACCACAGUAGCAGUUGAAACCAUCGAGGCGUUAGGAAACACCCUGCUGAUGGAUUCUUCAGAAAAUGCUCCAGAAUCAGGAACUGGCUCAUCUGUGCUGGCCUCCAAAACUGUGUGCGAGGUACCUGGAGAACCUGGGAAAGGUCUAGAGGCUGAUUGGGCAUGUUUUGAGGAGAUCCAAUCUAAGCUUCACGAUCCACAAACUCCUGCAGAAGAACAAGCUGAAAGAGACUCAGACGAGACCCAACACGACACUGAAGCCCUGAUCCAGACAGACAGAACCGAACUCUCGCUCAAAGAACAUGAAUUCAGAGCUGAACUGACUGUCGAAACAACUGAAACAAAGAUGGGUUCAGAAGAUGAGGAAGCAGAAGCUUUAGAGACAGAAAGCAGAUCACCCGUUAUCAGAAAUGUCACUUUACAGACACACCAGCUUCUCGAGUUCACAGAAAAACAAUACAGAUCGUCUCAAGGAACAAUGGAAACUUUCAGUGAAACACAGGAAAUUGUAAACAUGUCUGAAACCUAUGGAAGUGAGGACUUAGCAGAUGCCAGACCCGUAUCAACGAGGUCUUUGAGCCCAACAGAGCUUCUGGAGGAACAUCAAGAUGUGGAGAAGACCGCUUUAGAGUUUGUAGAAGAAAUAACAAAUCAAGUGUUGAAGGAAAUGAUAGACACAGAAACUGAACUUUUGGUAGAACUUUCAGCAGAAGAUCAAGCACCAGAACAGUGUGUUUCAGCAGAUGCUUCUGUCCUGGAAGAAGAACAGAGAUUAUUACCAGUGGACUGUAGUGAAGAACGAAUUAGUUCAGCAGACUGUGAAGGUCCUAAAGCUGAUGGACGUCAUGAGCCGAUGCAGAAGUCCACCGCUGGAGAAACACUGUCGAGAAGUCAUGAGGACUUGAUGGAAGUCAGCAGAUCUGGGAUGAAAAGAGCAUUUGAUCUAGUGAGCGCAGACCGUCCAGAGACGAAGACUGAAGGAAGAUUUGAUCUGAUCCUGAAGACUUUCGAGGACUCUUCGUUAGACUUCAGCGUUCAGAAGUGUAGAAUAGCUGUGAAGAAUCCACUGGUUCGUCCUCCUAAAGACCCCAGAAAGCUGCUCUUCAGAGCCUCGGUCGAACCUCUCGGGCAGACGCUCCGGGGCUCCGCUCCAAACAAAGCCCUGAUUGGAUUUAAACUCCCAGGACUCGGCGCAGGGCUGAGAAAAACUGAGUUUGGGAAGAAAACGGAAGCAGAGAGAACACUACAGCCAGAGUCGGUAACAGAGGAUUCUGUGAAACAGGAAGUGCCAGUUAAAGCCAAAUGGACACCACCAAGGCAUCCUGGUAUGGGAAGUCCCUUCAUGAUGGCAGAACUCAAAAACAAACUCAAGAAACCGGUCCAGGAAUAAUAUCUAAUUACAUCAUGAUUUUCAGACGCAUUCUUCACCUUUUUUGUCUUAAUCAAGCACUAUUCUAAUUAUUCUACUGCAGCACAGCAUUUAAUUUUACUUCCACUAUUUUCUGUGUUUAGAAAAAAAGUGAGAAUCUCUAAGAUCUCAAGUUUAACUGAGCAUCAGCAUUUAUAGAGGGUCUGUAUUUACUUCAAUUAUGACUAAAUAUAAAUAAACGUUUGCACUUUUUGCAGCACUUAGGCAACUUUUUGAGCAAUGCUGCUUGCGCACUUUUCAACUGAGAAUGGAUAACAAAUUUCUAUAUGGAUAAUUUAGAUAAGUCUUAGUCCCUGUGUCUCUCCUAGUCGACAGAUUGCCGGCAACAUUUCUCCAAAAAUUGUGUCUCUUUAGCCUUGAACUCUUUGACUGUAGACGGUCAUAGCCCAUAUUUAUCACUAGAGAGCAGCAGAGAGUCGCCGCUGUCGUUUCACCUCCGAAGGCCAGGCUGUCAUGUGUAUCAUAUUAAAUAAUAUUUUAUUGCUAAUUUUGUUAUGUUAUACGUUUAUUUUUCUUCUCAUUACUUGCUUUGUGUAUAAUUCUCUGGCAAUAUUGUAUGUAAACAAUCAUAUCAAUAAAUACUUUGUGCAGAAU